GUUGCUGUGGAAACCACCCGCCCGCUCGCGCCCGCUCAAGAUGGCGAAAGACCUGGAUGCGCUCCUGGAUGAAGUCGAGAGCAAAUUCUGCAGCCCCGACCCCCUGAGGCUGGGCCUGGGCGAGCGGCCCCCCAGCGGCGACCGGAACGGAGCCGAGAAGGAGGAGGAGGAUCCCAGGUCAGCAGAAACACGUCAAAAAGAAGAUGACCUUGACAGUCUUAUUAAUGAGAUAUUUGAGGAGCCAAACUUUGAGAAAAAACCUUUUCAAAAAUUUAAAUCUAAAUCUUCAAGUAACACAUCUGUCAGAGCUUCCGUUCAAGGCCUCAGUAAGAGUUGCAGUCCGGUGUAUCUCAGUGGAAGCGCCAUUCCGUGUGGGAUUGGAACAAACACCUCACCGAGAGCAUGUGACCAGCUGCGUUGUAUAGCCUGUGAUUUCCGGAUAGUGAGCUACAAUGACUAUAUGUGGGACAAAUCAUGUGAUUACCUGUUCUUCAGGAACAACAUGCCGGAAUUCCACAAACUGAAAGCAAAGUUGGUCCAGAAGAAAGGAGCCCGGGCGUAUGCCUGCCAGUGUAGCUGGAGGACUGUUGAGGAGCUGACGGACCUGCAGACAGAGCAUCAGCUCCGCUGGGUGUGUGGUAAACACUGAGGGCGCAGACCGUCCACCUUCCGACAGCAGCAUUUCUGAGAGCACGCUCUGCUCACCAGAAAAUAAUGUCCCGGGACACCAGGACACCGGUACAGUACUCCUUUUGACACAGGUGUCUUACUUAGUAGGUUAAAAUAUCUGAAUUUACUAGCCUGUCUCCUGCUAGAGAUUUAAACUGUGGUAGUUUGUGCAAAUUUACAGCCUUUCCAUCGCAGCUGCAGCAGUGGCUGCUCACGCUCUCUAGCGCAUUCUCAUGUAUCAUGGCUGACAGACACCCGCUGGCCAGGGCAGAGAGGUCACUGUCACACGUGCCCAUGGUUUCUGCUCUUACCAUGAGUUCAACCUGAGAGAGAAGAGAUGGCCACUGGUGCGCUGAGGGUUGUCGAGGGUGCAGUGCGUUGUGAACCCCCGCCUCCCCCGUAUAUGUGCCUCAUGGUGUCUCUCACUCAGUUCAGUAUUAUGCACAAUAGUGACAAUAAUAGUAACAUCUCCAUUGUAGUAUAGUCCCCUCCUGUGCUCAUUGAAAUACCAAGUUAGUUUUAUAUUAGUAAAUAUUUAUAUAUAAAAGAUUUUCGGUGUAUCUAAAAUGACUAAAGUCCUUCAAAUAAGUAGGACUGUUGUUGGGUUGGGUUUUUCAAUUAAACUCCAUAAUUCCAUCACAUAAACAGCAACCUUUUCAGGCAACUGUGGACUUUUCUAGUACGAUCAGGUUGAUACAUCAUUAUUGAAGCAUAGCUAAGCAGUGGUAGCCUGUUGGGCUCCUGCCUGGCCACACCGAGAGGGGAGGAACGGUGUCACCGCAACAUGUUCAAGAAAUGCAGUAUCUCUGCUUUGUCCCCGUCUGCCAAAAUUUACUGUGUGCCUGCUCCCCGUGUGUCUGUUAUCCGGUGUAGGUGUGUGACACAGGGCGCUCUGAAGGAUCCUACUGUGUGCCUGCUAUCUGGUGUAGGUGUGUGACAUGGGGUGCUCUGAAGGAUCCUACUGUGUGCCUGCUAUCUGGUGUAGGUAUGUGACACAGGGCGCUCUGAAGGAUGUAAACUGUAGCACAGAUCUGAGCUGCUUGGUUUUAUGUUAGCUCUGUUCCAGCCACCUAGCACCCUCUACUCUAAAAGCCUGUGCCCAGGCUGGGGUCUGGCUCUGUAGAGCACUGGGGCAAAGCAUGGGCAAGGUCCUAAGUCGUUCCCAGCAGUACAAAACGAGAGAAAGAAAAAAAAGCAAGCUUUUCCUGACUGUGACACACUUAUGCACUUGUAAAUAACUCUAGUUGCAACAAAAGAAAUCUCAAUGGCUGAUGCCCACAUUUUUGUAUCAAGAUAUAUUUACAAGUUUUAUCUUUAAAUAAAUCUUUUUAUUCCUCAAAAA